UUUGGGUUUCCCUGUAGAACGUUACUCUCGUGAAGCCGAGGAAUGGCGGGUGUGCUCAGGCUUUUUGUAGUUGUGUUGGCGCUAAUUAGCGCUGCAGAACGGUGCAGUGGAGCUCAAGAGAAAACCCUUGCUGACUCUGCCUCCGCUGCAGCUACGAAUACCUUCUACCAGUUAUGGUCAAAUAAUACAGCUUUGUGGAUGUUUUAUACAACCGCUAAGCAAACCCCACCAUGCUACCUGGAAGUACGAAAUGACAUAAACGAAACGAUGGUCCAGCUCACCCCCUGGAAUACACACCCAAAGAAAAUGAUGCCGCAUAGUGACCCUGAAAUUUGGGAAUUCUUAACGAAAUACGAAUGCGCAAACAUGAUACGGAUGAAACAUCGCUCGAUCAAUCAAACUCAGAAGCUGCUCUACAUCAAUGAAGAUAUAUCCUGUGGUGUGGUUCAGGGUGUAAACUACCUUUCCCGUGGUGAGCGUUCUUAAUUUUUUUGUAGUGUA